AUGACACCGCAGAUACCUAAUUCUGAAACAACCUCUUACCUUUGUCCAACAUGCUCGACGCUCGACUUCCAUCACAUUCUCCAGGUUGGUGUUCCUAGGGAGGAGGCGAUUCCGCUAGGGUCAUUAGUGGAGAUACUAUCAAAGGCAGUGCAAUGCCGUAUGUGUCGGCUCAUCAAGACGGCCUUCCAGCGAACGUGGCUCCUGGAUAAGCAAGAUCUAGCAACCACAGACCUUGCCGGCAUCGAGUGUGCACUCUUCGCGAUGGAGUGUGGCUGCUUGAGGGAUCCUGCGCCUCCAAUGCGAGACCGCUGCCAUCGCCUCUUUAUCCUCCCUUCCGAUAGGCCGCAGAAAGUGUACGACGUCAUGCGCGCAGCGCAGUCAGGUCUUACCCUCGACAUACAGCUUUUGGAGGAGGAUGCGCAUAUCUUUGACAGAAGCAGAGAGGUCCACGGCAGGAAAGUAAGUGACACUGUUGAUAUUACUCUUGUUAAGGAGUGGAUAAGGAUGUGUGAAGAAGAGCACCGAGAGGUUUGCAAGGUGGUCUGGUGGCGUGGGGCAGACGAGACGCUGCCAGACGGCGUACGUAUGGUGGACGUGGUCACUAUGUCCAUUGUUCCAGCACCCCCCGCUUGUCGUUAUAUCGCGCUCUCCUACCUCUGGGGCGGUGUUGGCGAAGAAUACCAAACUACUCAGGCUAACAUCUCGGAGCGUGCAUCACCAAACAGCCUCGAUACAUGCCCCCUCCCUGUUACUAUUACAGACUCCAUCCUUCUCACUCGCGAACUUGGCGAGCGAUAUCUCUGGGUAGAUGCCCUGUGUAUCAUUCAGGACAGUGCAGAGGACAAAGCACUGCAAAUUGAAGUGAUGGAGCUGAUCUAUGGCAGCUCAUUCCUCACCAUCUUCGCAGCUGGAGGUCGCAACGCCCUCCCUGGACUCCGACCGGGGACUCGGGCCCAGCGGCAGCACAUAGAGGUGGUUCAGGAUCUCCAUUUUGCAGUCCCAUUGCCGACGCUUCGAGAGGUGUUGGCACAAUCCAUUUGGGGCACGCGUGGCUGGACGUACCAGGAGCUUAUGCUUUCUCGUCGCCGCCUUUACUUCACCAACCAGCAGGUAUAUUUUGAAUGCGGACAAGAGAUUUGGUGCGAAGACGUUUUGGCAGAAAGCAAGCGCCUUCCUCGCUCAUACCAUCCGCUGAGGAAUACAGGAGGCGGAAACUUUACCUACCUGCGCGAGCCGCCCAGCUGGCUCAAGAGAGACUAUACCCUCGGCUACAUGACGGCCAUCGGCCAGUACACGCAGCGGAAGCUUACCAACGAGGCUGAUGCGGUAGACGCGAUAUCGGCACUGACGAAUGCAAUGGCGAAAGGAUUCAAGCUCGCCGGGGGUGUCCCAUCGCAGGCAUUCCGCUACGGUAUGGCGGUCGUAGACCUCAAUCAGGCGCUUUUGUGGCAGCCCACGGCAGGCACGCUGCUUACCCGCCGCUGCAUACCUAAGGGGGCACCGUGGCCGUCUUGGUCAUGGGCAGGCUGGUGCGGUCCCGUCCAAUAUCAGGAUGUCUGGUUUGGAAGUCAAACCCCACAUUUGGUGGAGACAUUGAUCGACAAAUGGUACAUCUGGGACGGAUCUAAGCUGAUUCAGCUAGACGUACGCACAAUCACAUUUGCGACCGCGUACCCCGAGGAAGAGGGAGGGCUCACGAGAUAUGUACCCCCAUGCGGCCCACUGAGUUUGGAGGACGGCAAAGUAUCCAAAGAUGGAACACUUGUAUUUUACACAACUGCGGCGAACUUUACUGUUGAACGUGUGCACAAUGCCUCCGAGGGCAUGGAGAGUGCGGACGAGCAGUACGCAUUAUUCGCUAUCCUCGCUGUCAGUGAGUCUCGCUUGGUCCAGGCUGGACGCAUAUACAUGCCCUCAUCUACACCGUCUCCAUCAUGCCUACGGUUCGCUGUUCUCUCUCGCACGAACGGCAUAGUUGGCAUAUAUGACGAAGACGUCUAUGGGAGCCGAUACUCCGGAUGCUACCUCUACGUGAUUGCAUUGGGGGUAGCCGGGAGUCAGGAUGAAGAUCAGCGUCUUGGGAUUGGCAUCAUAUUUGAGAAGGCCUGGCUUGCUGCCGGAGCAAAGGGAACAUCUAUUUUCUUGACAUAG